GGCGCGGUCUGGUUUCCCGUUUCAUUAUGUAAUCGUGGCGUUAUUAUUUUACAGGUGACAGACGCGUUGGGGGCGGAAUGGUGACUGCAGGGACACUCCUCUUGUAGAAGGCCAAGCAUGGGGCGGUGACGGGAUGAAGGCAUCGUCCAGAGCGCAGGCGAAGGGGCGGGGCCAGCAGCCAGCAGGGUCGUCGCUCAGGAGAGUGAAGAACCCCGCCGCCAACAAGAAAACCUCCGCGCUCAAGUUUAAAGCUAAAGCAUCAAAACAUGAGAGUGGAAAAACCCCUUCGCCACGCCAGAGCAACGGAGGCAAAGCCAUCCCCAAACAUUCCCCAGCGAGUUCCAGCAGCGACUCUUCCAGCAAGGGCUCCUCAGGGGCCUCGAGAGGGCGCACAUUGAAGGCCAGAAGCCACUCUCCGGGCCGGGCAUCGUCGCACACGUCGCCACCGGGGAAGUCCUCAGUGAAGUCCCCUGCAAAGCGGUCGCCGGGGAGGUCUCCCCAGAGAGGCUCCAGCGACGCCCCGAAGGCUGCGGGGCGGCCCGGGAAGACCGCCGUGAAGAGCGACGCGGAGGCUUCCAAGUCCGGAAAGACGGCCGAUUCCUCUAGCGCCGCGAAGGUGAAGGCGGAGAAGGAGAGAGCGGAGGCGAAGGCGGGGAAGGACACGUCUUCGGAAAGCGAUACCUCCCAGACUGUCAAGGCGGUGUCGGACAAGGGGAAAAAGUCUGCGACAACGGUUCCCUCCAGACGGAACUCCGAGUCCAAAAGUGACACCAGUGGCAAGUCCAAUGAUGACAAGGAUGGGAAGAAAAAGGCAAAGAAAAAUAAUAAGGAAAUAGUUAGUGAGAAGGAGGAGAGUGACAAGGAAGUGAAGAAAAAGACAAAGAAAACUCAAGACGAAAAGGAGGAUAAUGACAAAGAUGCAAAGAAGAAGGGGAAGAAGACAGUGACAGAAAUAGAGGAAACUGAUAAGGAAGUGAAAAAGAAAGUCAACAAAGUUGUGGAUGAAAAAUCAGACAGUGAUAAAGAUAUGAAAAAGAAAGUGAAAAAAAUACAGGAUGAAACAGAUAAAGAGGUAAAAAAGAAAGUAAAGAAAAGUGUAGAUGAAGUGACGAGUGCUCAAGAAAAGGAAUCAAAAAAGAAGUCAAAGGACAAAACUGAAAACAUAAAAGAAGGAAAGAAAAAAGAUCAGAAAGUGGGUGGGGAGAAAGAUGAUAAGGAAAAAGAAGUAAAGAAGAAAGGGAAGAGAAUAGUAGAUGAAAGUGAAUUAAAGGAGAAAGAAAUGAAAAGAAAGUCAAAGAAACAAGUAGAAACUUCUCCAAAGGACGAAAGUGACAAGGAUAAUAAAAAGAAAAACAAAAAAUCUGUCAGUGAAAAAGAAGAAAGUGAUAAAGAGGAGAAAAAGAAAAUGGAGAAACCAGAAGUUUUGAAAGAUGAGAAAGAUUCAAAAGCACUUGAAAAGGAGGUUAGUGUGAUGGCAAGAGAUAAUCCGUCUAGUAAAGCCUCCCCAGAAGAGGAACCUCAAAAGGAAGUGUUGAAAAGUGAUACCAAAGAAGAAAGUGUUGAUGCUAGCCCUUCCGCAAACAAACCAAAGAACAAAAGUGUUAGAAAGGUGUCGGUAGAUAGUGAAGGGGAAGACAGUUCUAAGUGUAAUCAAAAAGAGAUGAAUGAAAAUGGUGAACAAAGUGAGAAGGGUGAAGCUUCCCCUGAGAAGGACAGUUCUCAGGAAAAGGAGUCAUCCGACAAGAAAAAGUUGGAUAAUAUGAGCAGCACUUCGACUGAGGAGAAGGAAAAGACAGCUACAACAGUCUCUCAGGAAACACCAAUGCCCAAGAAGAGAGGGAGGCCAAAGGGCAGCAAGAAUAAGAGAAAAAAUGAUGGUUUGCCACCUGCAAGACCCAAGAAAGACAAGAAGAAGGCUAGUGCAAAACAGUUGCAAGAAAAGGCAGAGAGUAAAUCCAAGAAAGAGAGAAGUGUCUUUUCCUUUUCAGAAAGUGAUGGUGAAAAAGUGGAGAAGGUGUCAAAGAAGAAGACCAAGACAGCACAGAAUAAAGGUAGAAAGGCAAAGGAGCAUGAGAAAGUAGAGGAUGGUAACUCUAGUACAGACAAUGGACUGACUGAUGAAGAAACCAAAGAUGUUGAUAAAAGCAGUCACAAGGAUAAGCAUAAAGAUAACAAAUUAAAGAGCUCUCAGGUGCGGAAAGGUUCAAAGAAAGUACUUGGUAGUGUGGUAUCAAAGCUGAAGAAGAAAUCUGCUAAACCACGAGGUCAUAAAAAGCUACCAGCAGCCUCAAAGGGAAGGAGAACCAAGAAGCAAAAUUCUGAUGCAUCAGAUUCAGAGGAGGAGAAUGAGGACAAGAAACGGUCCAGGACAAGAAUAAGUAGAAUUGCUAAGAUUCGGUCUGAUGAAAGUGACACCAGUGAUAAUGAAGAUAUUAAAAAGGCUCUAUUAAACAGUGUUGCACAUCUGAAAGGAGAAAUAACAGAUGAUGAGCAGAGUGAUGAUGAUGAAGACUGGGAGGCAGUGAAAGGCAAGAGAAGGAACAAGAGAGGUGGAAGAAGAAGAACAGGACUGACUGGGAAGAGGAACAAAAAGAAGGCUCCAGUGGAAAAACAAGCUGAGAAAAGUGAUGUGGAUGAAGAUGAGGAUGAAGAUGAUGGUGAUGAAGGGGAGGACGAUGCAGAUUAUGAAGACUAUCCUGUGAGUAACAGAAGAGGGCCUGCAGGCAAGAAAAAUAAGCAGAAGUUAGAAAAGUCUAGUAGCCAGCGAAAGGAUAAGGACACUCCUAAAGGCCGGCCAAAAGUAGAAUCAUCCUCUGAAGAGAAUGAUGAGGAAGAUGAAGUCAGACUGUCUCCUAAAAAGAAGUCAAAGAAGUCUUCCAAGGAAGAAAGCUCUGUUGGUAGGAAAAGUAAGAAGGUGACUUUUGUAAAGAAACCAGCAAGAAGUAGGGAUGACACAUCAGAUGUUGAUGAGAGUGAUAAGGACAGUGAUAGUGACUACGAAGCAAAAGGUCGAAAGAAGAAGAUUGGCAAGUCAAUACUGAAGAGCAAAAAGCAUUUACCAAAAGGAAAGAAAAGAAGAGAAGAUUCGGCUCCUCCCAGAGGACGUAAGGUACGAAUGGCAUAUUUGAAUGCAAGAGCCAUGAUGCAUUGCAUGAAUGAAGAUGCAAGAAUUCCUCUUCCUGCCCUGCCAGCUGCAGUUAACAAAAGUGAAAGUAUGGCACUAGUCCUGCAUGGACAGGGCAUUGGUGAUAGCAAUACAGAUGAGGAAUCAGAUGAUGAAGAUAGGGACUAUAAUUCACACAGUAAUAAACAUGGAAAACGCCGUAAAAAUACCAAAAGGAAGAAUGAAGAGGAAACAGAGAAGAAAGUGAAAAAGAAAAGUAAAAGACGUGCAGGAGAGUUGGAUGUCCAUAUGGAGAUGCGAGACAUGGUCGCCAAGAAGCGGAUGGCCCUCCUCAAUGCAUCAGCUAUUAUGGCAGCAAGUUAUUCAAAUGAAUCUCGAAGACGGAAUCCAACAGCUAACACAAGCUCUUCAGCUGAGAGUGAGGUGACAAAUGUUGACAUUAAACGCAAAAUAUCAGUGAAGUCAACUAACAGGAGUUCAACAACUCGAAGUGUAAUAACAGUCGAAGAAACUACCAAGAAAGUGAAAAAGGCUCAAGGAAGUAGAGAAACUGAAGUGGAAGAACACAUCAUAGUCAAGAAAAAAGUCAAGAGACAGAGUGGUUUGGACACAGACCGAGAGGAAGACAGCCAUGGGACAGAUCACUUGGAAAUGGAUCCUGAUAUAUUAACAAAGAGCCCAGGUGAUCCAGAGAGAAUAGUUGUUGAGUCAACUCUGACUUAUGUUACAACUCAGUCUCCCUCUGCACCACAGACUGUCACCAUAUCAGGGGAAAGCACUUACUGUAUCUCUUCAAGUGAUGGAAAGACAACCACAAUGGUUAAAGAAGUGAAGCGGAAGUCAACAACCACUGGAUGUUCUACUUCUUCUGCUCCUCCCACUGCUUACAUUCCACCCACACACCAUGUACAACCUCAACCACCUCAAAAACCAGCAAACUACACACCACUUGAGGCACUGUCUGUCAUGCAACCUGUGAUGAGUCCAGGAGGCACAACAACACAUCAUCACCACCACCACCAUCAUCACCAUCAUCAGCAACCAUCACCACACCAUCCACCACCUUACCACCCACCCCCACAUCCUCCUCCCCCUCCUCAUCCGCAUCACCAACCUCCACCACAUCAUCCUCUGCCACCACCACCACAUCCCAUUCCACCAUCACCACACAGUCAUACCCAUCCUCAUUACCAUCAUCCUCAUCAUCAGCCAUACCCACCUCCUCCGUCCUCACAUCCCCAUGGCUCCACUCCUCCUGGUGGUCACCAUUGUGGCUAUAGACCUCCCCCACCUCCGCCUCCAGGACAACACAACCAGGCUGGAACUUCCCCAGCUGGUUCUGUAAUGACAGCUCACACACACCCCAGUCACUCCUCACCCGGCUACAUCCCCCCCAGCCAUACUGUGACACCCCCACAGUCCGCCCCCACGCCACAUCAUUCACCCAAGCAUAUGGGCUCACCAAACCACAUUUCAUCUGGCCUCAAGAGCCCAACUGGAGGGCCAGGAAUAAAUCCACCUCCAGGUUCUCCACGGAGUGCACCUUCAGUGGGCCAGGCUGAGCGCCACCAUUCAGCCUUCACUGCCCCAACGCCAUCAGCACAUGCUCCUGCAGCCUCAGCCCCUACAGGCUACCAGCCAGUGAGUGGGCCCAUGCCGGUAAAAGCGAAUUACACAGCCACCACCUCAGCCGGCACCGGUCCCUACAAGGCUCCCAAGGGGUCACCAGUGGCAGCAGCCCCCCCAUAUUCCUCUCCCCCGCGUCUGACCUCCCCUCCACCCCCCAACAAGCCUCCUCCUUACCAGCAUAACGCAGAACCUUACCCUCCACCCUACCAGUAUCAGACCUACAGUUACCACCCUGCCCCUCCACCACCACCUCCACCCCCGCCUCCGCAUGUACCGCCCUAUGACAAGUACUACCCACGGGGAGCAACCUACCACCUGUACCCUCCGUACUCAGGGGGUCAGUACGCUGCCCCGGGUGCAGAAUACUCAUACCCACCUCCUCCUCCGGGUGGUGUGCACUAUUCACAGGAGAGCUACACCUCCUAUACCUUGUGCGUGCCCAACCCACCACCCCAGGGUCCCCCCCAGGCACUAGCUUUGCCUCCCCCGCCACCACCCACAUCAAAUGCCCCUCACCCUCCUGCAUAUGCCACAUAUCACUACACGGAACUCACACCGGUCUUCACGUAUCCUUCCCCGGGUACGAUUGUUAAGAUAAACUUCAUAGGUGUGUUUUGUUUGCCCUGUUUGUUUGUUUGUCAUAGAUGCAUGCCCAGUGGUUAUUUUGUGAUUGUCUUGUGCUUUUUUGCUCGUGCUUAGUUACACUAACUUGUG